UGUAUUAUAAAGAUAUUUAAAGUAUCCUGACUGAUACGCACCAAGCGCCUCUAUCGGUUAAAAUUGGAAACAAAACUCUUUUGCGGUGAAGUUGACAAACAACUUCAAGAUGGGGAAAAUAAUGAAAUCCGGUAAAGUCGUGCUGGUCCUCAACGGCCGGUUCGCUGGUAGGAAAGCUAUUAUCAUGAAAACUUAUGAUGAUGGGACCUCUGAUAAGCAGUAUGGGCAUGCUUUAGUAGCAGGAAUUGAUAGGUACCCCAGGAAAGUACAUAAACGUAUGGGAAAACUAAAGAUUCACAAGAGAUCUAAGAUUAAGCCUUUUGUAAAGGUACUUAAUUACAAUCAUAUGAUGCCCACCCGUUACUCUGUUGAUUUGAGUUUAGAACAGAAAGUUGCACCUAAAGAUUUAAAGGAUCCAGUUAAGCGUAAGAAGAUUCGUUUCCAAACGAGGGUCAAAUUUGAAGAAAGGUACAAGCAAGGCAAGAACAAGUGGUUCUUCCAAAAAUUGAGGUUCUAAGUUAUAACGCCUUGUGUUAUCCUUUAAUUUUAAAUAAAUUGGACAUCUUUAAGAUAU